AUGCAGUUUGUUUACGGCUCAAUCGCUCUCUUAUGCGUCUGUGUCCUGACCUUCAACAGCGUUGAUGCUCGCUCGAUGGGAGCGUACGCUGAUAAUGAUGAGAGCAGUGAAAUGGAGAGACAUGAUCUAUACGAAGCUCUGACUGAUGCUCUUCUUGCUAGAAGCUCAAGACAUUUCCUGAAGGGUGGAGCUCGCAAACGCCAAGGAGGUAGUGGUUCCGGCAGUGGCUCCGGCAGUGGUUCUGGCUAUCUUAGUGGUCUUCUUGGUGGUUCUGGCAGUGGCUUCAGUAAACGUCGUCAUUUUAAUCCAGUUGCCAAUUAUAAACGCCAAAAACAAUAUUACCAUAAACGAAAUUACGACGGAGGAUAUAACGGUGAUCUCGAAGAUUAG